GGCAGGAAAUCCAGCCGAUUCCAGCCCUAUUCCAAAGACAAGAAUGGAGACAAGAAGGGUGUCCAUCGAAACCGAGUGUUCAUUAGCAAUAUCCCAUAUGACAUGAAGUGGCAGGCAAUCAAAGAUCUCAUGAGAGAAAAAGGUAACGAUGAGUGUGACAAAUGGAAUUUACAUGUUGGGCUGCCCUGACUCCCCAACAAACUCUCCUUCAAAUACGGAAGCCAUGUCUGAAAUCCCACGGUCUUACAGACAGUCUUAUCUCUUGCUAAUAGAGUCUGAUUCCAGCUUUCUCUGAACAUUUUAAAUUUGUGUUCUGGGUCUCAAUUGGGUUUCUAAAUAGGGUUGGAAAGAAGCUUAUACUUUGGGCAGGAAUGAUCUAUAAUUGUGAAAUUGUUCAGAGCUUUGUUACAGUACUGAUGAAUAUUCUUUAAAACCUGUUAAUUGAUGAUAUAACGUGUGUGUUUUCGUAUCUGUUGUAAGGUGACACGUAUGUUAUUGAAAUCAUGCCCCGGCGCACACUGGUUUAGAACUAUUGGAUUUCUGAUUCUUAAACAUUCUUAGACAUGCUUUUGAAAACUGGAAGGCUUUGAAAAGGUGGAUGGUCACCUUAAAACAGUUCAGUGUUAUUGGUUUGGUCAUUUGUUUGCAACUGUACAGCUAACAUUAGCUAAUUUUGAAGUGUUUGCAUACUUUAGGUUGAAUACAGCUCCUUAAUGGCCGGAUUGGUGUGUCUGUAACUGAACAGAAUGGCAUGGUAUUUUGUCUGGUGGUAUGUUGGUCUGGACAUAUUGCCAAUUGAGGAUUUCUGCCUGUAGUCUUGUACCAAGGCCAACAGUGAAGUGAAGACUGGUGUUUUUUAAAUGCAUUGUUUUCUUGGUAUUUUCCCUUUGCAUGUCUCAUGUAGUUGGUGAGGUUACAUACGUGGAACUCUUUAAGGAUGCAGAAGGAAAAUCGAGGGUAAGUCAUGUGGACAACUGGCUGUGCAAGGUUUUAAAUUCCCUCGCCAGUUCUCACUUUAUCAGGUGCCCUACCAGGUAACGAGCCUUCAGGCUACACUCAUGUGAAUUGCUACUAAAUUGGUUUUGUGGAUUGAGCCAGUUACAACUGGCUGUGGCUUGUGACAUUCUCUGUCUGAGGGUCAGUUAGUUGAUUCUACUUAAUAUGACUGGGAAAAACUAACACUGUGCUAUAACUUUUUUAGUGACUUUUGUUUUCGUUAAAGCUUACUUUUCGUUGCAGUGUUUAACUGGUUGGUAGUUAUGGUUAUUAAAUAUUUCAAAGGAAACAUGCGUUUCAGUAACUGAACAUUUUCUAAAUCUUGCUUUUAGAUUGAUCGGUUGUUUUGUUUUCUUUUUGGAUGGUAGAAAUUGCAGAUCUAGGUAAACUCCACUUUUGUUUUGGCAAUUAAGAUCGUCCUUAUUUUUGACUAAACACAUGCUUCUUUCUGCUAUUACACAUAUACCAUUAAUCCCUGAAAAAACAGUUGAGAAUGGUUCAUCCAGUGUUUUACCAUACAUGUUGUUUUCUUUAUUUGUGUAGCCACUUUCUGAAGUUACCGUUUUGGGCCAGACGUUAUACCUUUGUUCUUGAAUAAAAUGGAGUAAACCUAACUGUGUAUGUAUAGAUAUAUUAGUUUGUGUAUAUCAUUCAUAUACACACACAUAUUAUGGCUUAUCUUCAAAUGUCUAGAUUUUGCUAAUAAUAAAACUCAGUGGCCCAACUCAUUUUACAAUGAAAACUACCCUGCGAAAGACCUCUGUAGAGUCUAUAAUUGCUUUGGCAUUUCAGAAAUAACCAUACCAUUCUGAUUCAUGUUUAUUGUUUAGAGCUAAAACCAAACUGAAUGUGUACCAGCUAUCAUGUUUAAGAUAGCAUUAAUUAUUUUUAAUCUUUGUCUAUUUUUCCCCUUUGGCACAUCUCGACUUGCGGCAUGUUGACACUCCAGGGAUGUGGUGUUGUGGAAUUUAAAGAUGAGGAAUUUGUGAAGAAAGCUUUGGAAGUCAUGAAUAAGCAUGAUCUAAAUGGCAGACCAUUAAACAUCAAGGAGGAUCCUGAUGGUGAGCAUGCCCGUAGAGUGCUACAGCGCACUGCGGGUAUGUAUCCUGGAGGGCGAGGCCAAGAUGGUGGUCCAGGAACAGUGAACCUUCCUCCCUGUAUUACCAACAAUCCAAAUAUUCUUCCUGAGGUUAUUAAUUUCCUCCAGGCCGGCCGGUUGGGCUCAACAGUGUUUGUCGCCAAUCUUGACUAUAAAGUAGGCUGGAAGAAACUUAAGGAAGUUUUUAGCAUGGCUGGGACUGUGAAAAGGGCGGAUGUCAAAGAAGAUAAAGACGGGAAGAGCCGCGGGAUGGGAACCGUUACCUUCGAGCAGCCGCUGGAAGCCGUCCAGGCCAUCUCAAUGUUUAAUGGUCAGAUGCUGUUUGACAGACCCAUGCACGUAAAGAUGGAUGACAAAUCCAUUCCCCCUGAUGAUUUUUGGCCGGUUGAGAAGUCUGCUCAGUUGCCAAGGGGUCUCGGUGGAAUCGGAAUGGGCCUUGGGCCCGGAGGUCAGCCGAUUAACGCCACCCGCCUCAGUGCGGGAGGAGGAGGGAUGGGAAGCAUGAAUCCUGGAGGGAUGGAUGGCCCUGGAUAUGGUGGUAUGGGCCGAAUGGGAGGAAUGGGCAGUGGAGGCGGAUACAGUGGUAUGGAUGGUAUGGGCAGCAUGGGGGGCUAUGCUGGCAGAGACAUGACACCCAUGGGCAGAAUGGGAGGUAAUGGCGGGUCACAUGCCCACACAUGUGAAUCCAUCCGCUUAGCUCCAGAGCAACUCAAUGGCCCUGAAAUGGUUUCUGCAGGAAUGGAUGAUUAUAGAGGGAACCUUGGCUCUGGCAUGGGAUCGAUGGGGCUGGGCGGGGGAAUGCCGUCAGGAAUGGGCAGUAACAUGGGAGACAUGUAUCGCUCCGGUAUAGGAGGGGACCUGGGAAGGAACGAGCUGCCCAUGAAUCGUGGCUUUGGGGAGACGUUCGGUGGAAUGGGUGGCAGGAUGGGCAGCAUGGGCAUGGAUCGCAUGGGCCCCGGCAUUGAGCGGAUGGCAAGUGGCAUAGAUAUGAACCGUGGGUACAGGGGCUAUGGAGGUGGCUCGAGUCACAUGGGCAGCGGGACGUCUGACAGAGGCUCGGGCUCCAAGGCAGGCUGCCAGAUAUUCGUACGAAAUCUUUCCUAUGAUCUCACAUGGCAAAAACUGAAGGAGAAAUUCAGCCACUGUGGUCAAGUGAUGUUUGCUGAAAUAAAGAUGGAAAACGGCAAGUCCAAGGGGUGUGGGACCGUGCGCUUUGAUUGCCCAGACAGUGCAGAACAGGCUUGCCGAAUGAUGAACGGCACAAAGAUCAAUGGACGAGAAGUGGAUGUUCGCAUCGACCGCAAUGCUUAGCCUUGAAGUCGUUAUCAAUAGCCUUCUGCAGUUUUUGUUUUGUUUUAAAAACAUUUUGUGUACCGUCAUACCAUGAACGCAGUGAUAAUCACCAGCUUAACUCCAUGUGUAUAGGGUUUGUUUAAACACGGUAUCUUCAAUCUCCUUUUUUAUUAAUUAUAUUAAUUGUAGCACAUUUUUACAAGUAAAUUUGUCACAAAGUG